AUGAGGCACCCUUCUGUCAUGCUACAUAAAACUCCUAUCCAAACUCCCCUUUCGCAGCGUCUUUCCCAGCAAGAUGAACUUGUUGAUGAGGAAAUAUGCCCUAGUUACGGGUUGAAAAAAUAUUACCCCGCAGAGCCUGGACAAGUACUCGAUAAUCGGUAUCAAAUUCUGGUCAAAGUAGGCUGGGGGUCUUCGUCUACCACAUGGUUUGCACGGGAUAUACGAGGUUACCGAUGGGAACCAGAAAAAGUCGUGGCACUGAAAAUCAUCAAUGCUGAGUCUCAAACGGUUGCGAACGAACGCAAGAUUGAGGAGCACAUUGCGGUAACAGAUUCCUCUCACCGUGGUUAUCCACUCUUCCGAACACAUUUGGAGUCAUUCGAAGUUUGGAGUCAAGAAAGGCGACAUCUGUGCUUAGCAUACGAGCCCAUGAGAGAACCCUUGUGGAUAUUUCAGAGACGUUUUAAUGGUGGGAUUAUCCCUCUUCCCAUUGUUAAGACAUAUAUCCGUUUUCUUCUGACGGGUCUGGACUAUCUCCAUACAUCUUGUGGUGUUGUUCAUACAGAUUUGAAACUUGACAAUGUGAUGGUAAAUUUUGAAGACCCAUCUGUGUUUGACCAGUUUAUGGAUACGCAAAUGAGUGAACAUAUGCAAUAUAAGGUGGACCUGUUUGGCCGCCACGUCUAUCGUUGCCACAAUGAUUUCGGUCCCCUUCGAAAAGUGCGAAACAUACCAAAAAUCGUUGAUUUCGGGUUGGCUGCAAAGCUGUGUUUGGAUAGUGACUAUGGUAUCUACCCUAUCCAACCAGAUCACUAUCGCGCACCCGAGGUAAUUCUUGGAUGUGGCUGGAAUACAAGCGCAGACAUAUGGAAUUUGGGUGUUCUACUUUGGGAUUUAAUUGAAGGUAAAGAGCUUUUCCAGAAAGUUCAUGAUGCAAAGGGCCACUAUGUCGCUAGGGCUCAUCUUGCUGAAAUGAUCGGUCUUCUUGGCUCUCCUCCUCGGGAGUUGGUUGCGAAGGCCAACUCAAGCCUAUUGAAUCCAUGGCCUGAUCCCGUUAAAGGAGAGGGAGGCAUGAUAUGCACCAAUGCAAAUGAAUACUACGGCGGCCCCUUUUUCGAUGAUGACGGGAACUUCUUAUUUGAAAAUCUGAUACCUGACAGAGGACUUGCAGAUACACUUCAUUCUCUAGAUCAGAAUGAAAGGGACGGUUUUCUCUCUCUGGUAAGGAUGAUGCUUACCUGGCGUCCAGAGGACAGGAAAACGGCAUCCGAAUUGGCGCAGCAUCCUUUUCUACGACUGAAAUGA